AUGGACUCGACGCUGCGAACACCAUACAAGCCUCACGCAUCCCUCGCCCAACCCACCACUUCCUUCCAUUCCUCUUCUUCGACCCUCAGUCCUUCAGCUGGGCGGUCAAACAUGGAAGCCCAGGCUCAAAGUACCCUUGAAGUCGCAUCAAAUGCGACCAGACAGGUGUUCUCCUCACCCUCGCUACAAUCUGCCUGUUCCCCGCAGACCUCCGCCUCUCCUAUGCAAUCCUUGUCACAGGCAUUUGGCAACACAUCCAACCCGAGUACCCUUCCUCUCGCCCCCGCAGCCAACACCCAAGCAUUUUUACCUAUGAAUGCAGCCCCCGCUCCAGCACCCACAUCCGAUGCCUAUCCCCACCAGAUUCAUGGUCUUGGAGGUCCAACUGCCACAGCGCCCUUUCUGCAAGAUUUUAAUCUCGUUGCGGAGGCAGCCAAGCGUGCUCAAAUCGGCAUUGUCAUGCGUGAUCUCGAGAGCGUGACUCUUUGA